AUGGCGCUGGCUUGUUCUUCUGGAGUCCUCGCUGGCCACUGCGGCUCACUCGGGGGUUAUCCUGCCUUUAGCAUUGCUCAGGUGGGACUGAAGAUGAACGAGACGUUUGGGAGCCCUGCCGUGUGGUACGAUCCGGUCUGGUUCUUGCCCUGGGAGUCCUAUUUCAGCUACGAGUGGUCGGUGGAAUGGUCGAAGAAGGCCUGGCCGUACGUGCAGGUGUUGGCGGCUGUCUACGUCCUGCUCACCUUCGUGGGGAGGAGGGCGAUGAAGAACAGGCAGGGAUUCAACCUCCGGUAUCCGUUGAUCGCGUGGAAUGGGUUCCUGGCGGUGUUCUCCAUCCUUGGCACGAUCAAAGGCUUUCAGGAACUUUAUCAAGUGCUGCGUCUCAGAGGCUUUUAUUACUCGGUCUGCGAUAACUCCCAAUACCAGAACGAGGCGGUGUCAGUCUACGGGUGGCUCUUCCUCGUGUCCAAGAUCUUCGAACUGGGCGACACGGUCUUCCUCGUCCUUCGCAAGUCCCACCUCGUCCAUCUGCACUGGUAUCAUCACACCACGGUCCUCCUGUGA